CCACAAAAAAAUUAUUACAUCUCUAUAUCUUCUCUGUCUAUGUAUCACAAUGGAUUCCAAAUAUGCAGCACCAAUGGUACUCAUCGAAUGCAUUUUGAUCUUCUUCUUGUUUGGUCCUGCAAGAGCAGACUUGGCCAAAGACAGAGCGCAAUGUGCCAAUCAGUUAGUAGGCCUAGCGACGUGUCUUCCAUAUGUUAGUGGUGAAGCUAAAGCUCCAACAAUGGACUGCUGUUCUGGAUUUAAACAAGUUCUUCAGAAGAGCCCCGAAUGCAUCUGCAUCUUGAUCAAGGAUAGAAAUGAUCCCAGUCUUGGCCUUAAAAUCAAUGCUACACUAGCUUUAAACCUUCCCACUCAGUGCCACGCACCCGGCGAUAUAUCCGACUGCCCAACUCUGCUGCAUUUGGCACCAAACUCACCAGAAGCUAAGGAAUUUCAUGAUUUUGCAAACAGUGGCAAAAAAAGUAACAGCACUGCAACUCCUGAGGGGAAUCCCAGUGCCAGUAGCGAAGGAACGAGUGCAGAUCAGAGGAGUGAUGGAGGAAAAAGAAAGAAAUGGCAAGGAACAAAAAUGGCUUCUGCUUUGCUCUUACUGAUCUUCAUAUAUUAAUCAUCCUUUGGCCAGAAAAUUUUUCCUUUUUUAUGUUUAUUUUAGUUGGUAUGUUACAUGUCUCUGUGCAAUAUUUUCUCUUCCUUCUCCCCGCCUCGAGUUAGAGCUCGUUUCGCCCCGUUUAAAACCAUCUUUCUAAGUGUUUAUUUGAGACCCAAAAAAAGGGGAAUCGCAUGCCAAAAAAUGGGGCAGAACUUGCUGGUAGUUCCUUCUCAUUCGUGUUCUUGAUCUGUCUUUUUUUAGUCCAUAGGAAGCUAUAAACAGUGCUUUAUAUAUGUAUGUAUUUUGAAUUC